AUGCCUUCGUCCCCAUUGGAACAGCGCCUCGUUGCCCUCUUGGACAAACGUCGAGCUCAGUCAAAGCUGCGGAGCCUCAAGUCGAGCCCUCCCGGCUCCGUCGACUUUUCCUCCAACGAUUUCUUGUCUUUGUCCACCAACAAGGAGUUCCAUGAUGACUACCUGGCGGCUCUGAAUAGAAGUCACACGCCCAUUGGAUCAACUGGUUCAAGGCUGUUGGACGGCAACUCUGACCUUGCCGAAAGCCUCGAACGUGACCUUGCUGCUUUCCAUGGCGCCGAAGCUGGUCUCCUGACGAACUCGGGCUUUGAUGCCAACGUCAGCAUUUUUACCUUUCUCCCCCAGCCAGGGGAUGUUAUCGUCUACGACGAACUCAUCCACGCCAGCGUCCACGACGGCAUGAGACAAUGCAGGGCGAAGCAACAAAUACCUUUCAAACACAAUGAUGUGGAAGAUCUAAGUCGCAUACUCCGGCAAUUUUCCUCACCGAUUGCCGGCCAGACCAUUUUCAUCGCCGUGGAAACGGUCUACAGCAUGGAAGGCGACCUCGCUCCUCUGACGGAGAUUGUCGAUUUGGUAGAAGCCGUGUUGCCUCACAACAACGCACAUCUGGUGGUUGAUGAGGCGCAUGCGACUGGCGUUUACGGACCCAAUGGAUCUGGCCGAGUCUGUGAACUUGGACUUGAAAAACGUGUUUCCAUCCGCCUUCAUACGUUUGGGAAAGCUCUGGCAUGCAACGGCGCAAUCAUUUUAUGCUCUCCAGUGAUCCGUCUUUUCCUCAUCAACUAUGCCCGGCCGUUAAUCUACACGACCUUUAUGUCCUAUCCUGCCCUCCUUGCAAUAAAGACGGCGUAUGAUUGGCUCCAAAUGGGCAAAGCGAAUCUGCUUGCUGCCAAACUCUAUCAUCUGAUUGAUCACCUCUACACCCGACUGCAGGGAUUGGCAAUUGUUAUCGCAGAAAGUGACGCGCUGUCCAAAACCUUGGUCUCUCUCCCAACCACGUGCCCAGAGUCGCCCAUUUUCGCCAUCUUGAGCCCGUACCCUCGGUCACUGGCCUCCUACUGUCAAGCAGCAGGGUUCCUUGUUCGUCCGGUGGUAGCACCGACCGUCCCCGAGGGCACAGAGCGCGUGAGGGUCUGCCUGCAUGCGGGAAACACAGUGGAACAAAUUGACCGAUUUGUCGAGUGUGUCAAGGAGUGGAUUGUCAAAGAGAGUGCAAGGGACGUGCACGCAGAACUGCCAAUCACUCCAAGUCACAACGACAUCCAGCUACAUGCGCCGAAAACGGACCGAAGGCUUCUCGCAAAGAUAUGA